CAGUGGCGGCCAUAUUCACAUCUAUAGGGAAAGCAUAGGGGGUUUCGAUUCGAGCGGGACACUCAGUCCUACAGACCCUUUGACACCCGAUCCUUCGUCUUCUUCGGGAAAGAACGCCAAGGCAGACGACGUAUAUUUUCAGAGGAGGGGGAUACUCAGCUGGCCUACAUAAAGAAGAAAUGCUGUCUGAAAUAAGGCACUAGUCUGACUGUAUGAUGCCUUUUGCCCAGCCGCAAGAUUCCUGGCACAAAAUGGAGGUGCAUAGCGUUAGUGAGGUCAAUGGGCAUCAGAUCACUGACGAGCCAAUGGAGGAAGGAGAGUCUCUCUCACACUGUGACGAGGGCGCUUACAAGGAGAUCCCCAUUACCCACCACGUGAAGGAGGGCUGUGAGAAGGCCGACCCCUCGCAGUUCGAGCUGCUGAAGGUGCUGGGCCAAGGCUCCUUCGGAAAGGUUUUUCUUGUGCGGAAGAUCAUGGGCCCGGAUGCAGGACAGCUGUAUGCCAUGAAAGUGCUGAAAAAGGCCUCUCUGAAAGUUCGGGACCGGGUCCGCACCAAGAUGGAGCGGGACAUCCUGGUGGAAGUGAAUCACCCCUUCAUAGUGAAGCUGCACUAUGCCUUUCAGACAGAAGGGAAACUCUAUUUGAUAUUAGACUUUCUCAGGGGCGGAGACGUCUUUACUCGCUUAUCCAAAGAGGUUAUGUUUACAGAGGAGGAUGUGAAAUUCUACCUUGCAGAGCUGGCCCUUGCAUUGGAUCAUCUUCACAACCUAGGCAUUGUUUACAGAGACCUGAAGCCUGAAAACAUUUUACUUGAUGAAGCUGGACAUAUCAAGUUAACAGACUUCGGGCUCAGUAAAGAAUCAGUGGACCAGGAUAAGAAGGCCUACUCUUUCUGUGGCACUGUGGAAUACAUGGCACCAGAGGUGGUCAACAGGAGAGGACACACCCAGAGUGCUGAUUGGUGGUCACUCGGGGUUCUGAUGUUUGAAAUGCUAACGGGUACAUUACCCUUUCAAGGCAAAGACCGGAAUGAGACGAUGAACAUGAUUCUCAAAGCAAAGUUGGGAAUGCCACAGUUUCUAAGCCUGGAAGCUCAGAGUCUCCUAAGAAUGCUGUUUAAACGGAAUCCAGCGAAUCGUUUGGGGGCUGGCCCAGAUGGUGUGGAGGAGAUCAAAAGACAUGCCUUCUUCUCCACAAUAGAUUGGAAUAAACUGUACAGGAGAGAGCUCCAGCCUCCAUUUCAGCCGGCGGCAGGGAAACCUGAUGACACUUUCUGCUUCGACCCUGAGUUUACUGCAAAAACCCCGAAAGAUUCCCCGGGCGUUCCACCCAGCGCUAACGCACACCAGCUUUUCAAAGGCUUCAGCUUCGUGGCCCCAGCCUCAUUGGAGGAAGGCAAGAGCUCCCCCCUGGUCAACAUCCUACCCAUCGUACAGCAACUGCACGCCGGCUCCACACAGUUCGCUGAGGUGUACGAGCUGAAGGAGGACAUCGGCGUCGGCUCCUACUCCAUCUGCAAGCGCUGCAUCCACAGAGUCACCGGCAUGGAGUUUGCUGUCAAGAUCAUUGACAAGAGCAAGCGAGACCCCUCAGAGGAGAUUGAGAUCCUAAUGCGCUAUGGUCAGCACCCCAACAUUAUCACAUUGAAAGAUGCGUACGAUGAGGGGCGGUUCGUGUACCUGGUGACGGAGCUGAUGAAGGGAGGGGAGCUGCUGGACAGGAUCCUCCGACAGAAGUACUUCUCAGAGCGGGAGGCCAGCAGCGUGCUCUACACCAUCGCCAAGACCGUGGACUACCUGCACUGCCAGGGGGUGGUGCACAGGGACCUGAAGCCCAGCAACAUCCUGUACAUGGACGACUCGGGGAACCCCGACUCCAUCCGCAUCUGCGACUUCGGCUUCGCCAAGCAGCUGCGCGGCGAAAGCGGGCUGCUGCUGACGCCCUGCUACACCGCCAACUUCGUCGCGCCGGAGGUCCUCAUGCGGCAGGGUUAUGACGCAGCCUGUGACAUCUGGAGCCUAGGAGUGCUGUUGUACACCAUGUUGGCAGGCUACACGCCGUUUGCCAACGGGCCCAACGACACACCCGAGGAGAUUCUGCUGCGCAUCGGCAGCGGGAAGUUCUCCCUGAGCGGAGGCAACUGGGACAGCGUGUCUGACAGUUCCAAGGACUUGUUGUCCCAUAUGCUCCAUGUAGAUCCACACCAGCGCUACUCAGCGGAGCAGGUACUAAAGCACUCAUGGAUCGCCUGCCGGGAUCAGCUCCCACACUUCCAGCUCACGCGCCACGAUGCGCCACACCUCGUCAAGGGAGCAAUGGCUGCCACAUACUCUGCACUGAACCACAAGACGGGUCAGCCGGUGCUGGAGCCUGUGGCCGCCUCCAGCCUCGCUCAGCGGAGGAACAUGAAGAAGCUCACCUCCACCGACUUAUAGUGGAGCGCCGGCUUUGCAGCGGGCGUAGGGGUUGGGGGGUGGCCCUCCGUUUGUUCCUUCUAUUUAUUUAUAAUGUUUCCCUCCCCGGUCUCUUGACUCCGGCACGUCCCCCUCCCUACCGACAGCACCCAACCGCCAUUCCAGCCACCCCCCCACCCGCUGUUUAGACUACCCCCCGCUCUGCGCACAGCCUAGGUCAGGGAGGCUAUCUGCUGCAGACUCAGGGGGUAUUCUGUGAAAACCCCACAUCUGGUACUAUUGGGAAACAUUUCUAGUUCAGGCUGUUGUCGAUGGGUAUCUCUCCUGUAUGUGCUUGGCCCCUCCCCCGCUGCCCCACUCCUCCCCUCACUCAAGCACCAGCUCUUACUCCUUUCUCACUGUGACUGGCCAGACUGGAGCUGCAUACCCUCACUGUGCACCUUGUUUCACACAGCAAGCAGCGGCCCUCCUCCCUACCCCAGGAGGAGACUCUGUUCCCCCCCAGCCCAUUCGGAGGGAAUCGGCAGACCUGCCAAAGCAAGCCUAGCAUAUUGGGGGGGAAAUGCAGAGGCGGCUGCGCUGGAGAAGUUGGGCUGGAGGAUAGCGUGGCCUGGGAGAAAGGCGGGGGUGGCUCGGGAAGAGUUGACUGUAAUUCGAUAUUAGCAAAGUCUGCGAAAAUGCCCAGAAGCCCUUGUUUUUGCUCCCUUUGAACAAAUUCAUCGAGACAGUGAGAGCUUUAGUUUGUUUCUGUUUAUUUUGUUUUCUCCCCCAAAAGCGGAUGAGGAUUUUUGUUUCUCAUGUUCGCACACAAGGCUUGGCAGAGUGUUCUCUUUCAAAGUUUUGUGAAAUAUCUGCUGUCCUCAUUUUUUUCGUUUGCUUUUAAAACAUGUAUUUUUGUAUUGUGUUCUUGGGGCUGAAAAAAAUGCUACAGGUCAAAACAAAGAAAAAAAGGUCAACAAGUGUGGAUUUUUUGCACAUUGAGGUGUGUUGUAGGUACAGUAUUAUUUCUGAGGGGUGAAAGGUCAGGGAGCAGGAUGGAUUAUGGGAUGG